AUGUCUGCUCCAGCUCAAAACUAUAAGAUUGCUGAUAUCUCCUUGGCUGCCUUUGGUAGAAAGGAAAUUGAAUUAGCCGAACAUGAAAUGCCAGGGUUGAUGGCAAUUAGAAGGGCUUAUGCUGGUGUUCAACCAUUAAAAGGUGCCAGAAUUGCCGGUUGUUUGCACAUGACCAUUCAAACCGCUGUUUUGAUCGAAACUUUGGUUGCUUUGGGUGCUGAAGUUACUUGGACUUCUUGUAACAUUUACUCUACUCAAGACCACGCUGCUGCUGCCAUUGCUGCCUCUGGUGUUCCAGUCUUUGCCUGGAAAGGUGAAACUGAAGAAGAAUACUUGUGGUGCAUUGAACAACAACUAUUCGCUUUCAAGGAUGGUAAGAAAUUGAAUUUGAUCUUGGAUGAUGGUGGUGAUUUGACCUCUUUAGUCCAUGAAAAACACCCAGAAAUGUUGGAAGGUUGUUUCGGUUUAUCUGAAGAAACCACCACUGGUGUCCACCACUUAUACAGAAUGAUGAAGGAAAACAAAUUAAAGGUUCCAGCCAUCAACGUUAACGACUCUGUCACCAAAUCUAAAUUCGACAACUUAUACGGUUGUAGAGAAUCUUUGGUCGAUGGUAUCAAGAGAGCCACCGAUGUCAUGUUGGCCGGUAAAGUUGCUGUUGUUGCCGGUUACGGUGAUGUCGGUAAGGGUUGUGCUGCUGCUUUGAGAGGUAUGGGUGCUCGUGUUAUCGUCACUGAAAUCGAUCCAAUCAAUGCUUUACAAGCCGCUAUGGAAGGUUACCAAGUCUCCACCAUGGAUGAAGCCUCCACUGUUGGUCAGGUCUUUGUCACCACUACCGGUUGUAGAGAUAUCAUCAACGGUAAGCAUUUCUUAAACAUGCCAGAAGAUGCUAUUGUCUGUAACAUUGGUCAUUUCGAUAUCGAAAUCGAUGUUGCUUGGUUAAAGGCUAACGCCAAAGAAUGUAUCAACAUCAAACCACAAGUCGACCGUUACUUGUUGUCUUCUGGUAGACACGUCAUCUUGUUGGCUAACGGUAGAUUAGUCAACUUGGGUUGUGCCACUGGUCACUCUUCUUUUGUCAUGUCUUGUUCUUUCUCCAACCAAGUCUUGGCUCAAAUUGCUUUAUUCAAAGCCGAUGAUAAAGAAUUCAGAAAGAACUUUGUUGAAUUCGAAAAGACUGGUCCAUUCUCUGUUGGUGUUCAUGUCUUACCAAAGAUCUUAGAUGAAGCUGUCGCCAAGUUCCAUUUGGAAAAAUUAGGUGUUCAAUUAACUAAAUUGACCCCUGUUCAAUCUGAAUACUUAGGUAUCCCAGAAGAAGGUCCAUUCAAGGCUGACCACUACAGAUAUUAG